ACAUUUGCGAGAGAGAGAAAAUGACAGUGGAAGGCUCCACUGGUGCCGAAAGCUUGAUUAUUGUGGCUCCAGCAGCCGACUUGGCAGGGGUUCCAGCUCCAGCAGCGCUGGAGGGGGCGGAAGUGGACGUUUUGGCAGCAUCUGGCACUGGGCCAGGGUGAUCAUCGAUGUUUUUUUUGCGUUUUCUUUGCUCCUUGUACUCCCAGAGGCCCUGUAAGACAUCCAAGCUGGCGGGGUGAGUAGCUACCAAGGCUUGGACCUUUGAUUGGAGAUCUGGGGGGAGGGACGAGAUCCAGGACAUGGUGGUGGUGUUUGUUGUUAGUGGGAUGGAUCCAGCGAUAUGGUGCGGCACGGAAAACUAGCGAGGGCUGGCGGAGGGGACUGCGAGAUUAGUGGCAGCGAAGGUACGAGUAGGAUGAGAAUAGCGAGGAAUGGUGCGGGAACACUCAAAGAAUGGGCUAAAGGUGCGAGUGCUAGCGAGAGCCAGUCUCGCUACCGGUGGGAGCCAGCACCGCGAGAGAAAUUGACCUACUCACGACCCAAUAUCAACUUCAGCUUCCCACUGCACCAGUUUGAUCUCCACACGGAGUCGUACCCGAUGUCCCCCAAUCCUCAAAGUCCCGCCAACGACACGCGUGUGAUACAAACAGAUACAGAUGACCAACUUCUGUUGCUUUUUGAGGAAAAGGGACCGUUGUACAUCCUCCCGUCUCUCCUCUCUGGACUCUUCCUGGAGUCCCUGGCCAGGCCAGACGAACAGAAAAGCGUGCUACUCACACUCGCGUACGGUGAGACCUAUACAAGGGCUCUCGAACUAUUUCUGCUGCUCGAGCUUCUAGUUAUAUACGGGCUGGGCAGGGAGCAUCCCGAGAACAAUGAGGUGAUAGACUCGUUUGCCAAUACGUUUGGCUGGACAACGGCACCCGUAUUCGCCACCUUCAAGGGAGAAAAUUCUGACCAGCGUCCUGGAAGACGCUUGGUGGACAUGAGAAAGUGGUUUUGCGGCUGCGAUGAGUACUACACAGGCUAUGUGGUUCCCAGAAAUUCCGAAAAAGAGCGAUCCGUCGAGCCCACAGAGAACUUUGCAGCUAAUGACAUAACCACAGGCAUCCAUCCGUCAGAUUUCUCCCAGGAUGUGGAUGAAGUGGACGAGAGCAGGUAUCUAGAGAGCGAACACAACUUUGGUGGGAAUGACCAUCUAUUUGUUUCGAACGAUGUGGUGGCUAAAAUUCAGCAGGCCUCGAGCAUUGGAGAAGCUACACCACUCUGUGCUCAUAUUUUGGCGGUCCUUAUAGUGACCUAUAACCGGUGUAUUGUGCCUGGGGUCCGGUACGCCAGCACACCCUUUGAGUAAUCCUAAAUGUGAAUACUUGAAGUCAAUUGAGUACACAUUUCAAGUAUAGCAGGAUAAGAUUCUUGUAGAAAAAUUGAUAGUCAGUGAACCUGUAAAUUUGGUAAAAAAUAGGUGUUGAUCUAUCAAACUAUCCUAUAUUUUCCUAAUGAUUUACUUUAAUAGCUUCUAAUAAAUAAUCGUGCAUGA